AUGAUGUUGCUGAAGGGUUCUUGAUCCAAGAUAUUGGACCUGAUCUUCCCUUCCUUGGCUCAAAUCCGAUUGCUUCCCAUUUUCUCAGGUGCUGUAUGACCCUUGUAGGUUUUGUGGCUAAAAUGAUAGUACCUUUGUCUCAUAUCUGAAAAACCAGAGUUGAAUCCAACACAAGUGGAUUAUUAUUGUUUAUUAUCAUGGGAGCACUAAACCUGUAGGGAUUAUACAGCACCUGUGAGGGGGGGGGGGGUUAAAGGCAUUCAGGCUUAAUUCAGGGAAGUGGAGCACAAAUCCAGUUCCGUAGAUCAAGAGCCCCUCACAAGCAUCAAGGAACCUACUUUGAGGGGCCAUCACAAGUGCAGAUGUUGGUCAUGUUUCCUUAUCCUGUACUUGAAGCCCUUGUUUACCUAGCAGUAGGAAGCAGUGAUGACAAUGCAGGGAGAAGCCUUUUCUGUGAUGCUGAAGUCUGUUAGGAGUUUCCGACUGCUCAACACUUCUUGCUCAUCAGAAGUAACAAAAUUAUAUAAGACCUCUACAAGCAACAAGUGUAACUUUGGACUGUUAGCCGUACACAAAAAGCACUCUACUCCCUUAAUAAUCUGUGGCUCCUAUUCAACAUUGAGAAUUGUUCCACUGUGGUCUCAAACAUCUCAAAGGACCCUCUGGGGGUGGCUUAAUGCUGUUUUCAACAAAGUAGAUGAAAGCAGAAUUAAAGAAGUAGGCCCUGAUCGAGCCUGUGCUGAAUGGCUACUAAGGUGUGGAGCCUUUGUCAAAUGGCACAACAGUGAAAAAUGGACAAAAGAUUAUAAUACCCUGCCAGCAAUGAGUGAAAAGUUAUUAAAAAUAGAAGAAGUUGAUGCCACAGAUUCUGCAAUAAUGCAUAUUGGCUUUCCUCAUUUCAGGGGUUGCAAGCAUAUUCGUCGUAUAGUGUUUCACAAGGCUUCGUAUCUUGAUGAUGAAGGACUGAGCCAUUUGCCACUGUUAAGGGACUCUCUUAAAGAUCUUCAGAUAUCUUCAUGUGGUAAUGUUACUACAAAUGGACUGAGACAGCUGGUGAAGUUGAAAAACUUAGAAAAUCUUCUUCUGUAUGACCUCCCAGAGAUAAACAACAAAGAUGCCUUACUUCAAGAAUUACAAAAGGCUCUACCACACUGUACUAUUGUAUUUCCAUAUGCCCUUGCCAGAGAUGAUCCAAGUUUAAAAACAGAAGACAAGUGAUGUAUAUGUGAAAAUGACAUGUAUAUAUUAGUUGUAUUUUAGAAUAAUUGUAUGUAAAGGGAAUAUAUUACUAUUAGUCUUUAUUGUAUAUAAAAUAUUUAUUGGAGUAAUAUUUUCUUAGUUUGUGUACUCUUAUCUGUAGUUGCAGAGGUUGAGUUAACUUCUGGGUCCCACCUCUCAACUUGCCGUUUGUGAGAUUCACUCCCUCCUAGCUUCAUGGGCUCUGUUGUACCUACUCUUCAAACAAUGUAGAGCCCAUCUCUAUUUUUCCACCAUUCUAAGAAUGAAGAAAUAUUUCCUGACAUCCUUGUGGCUCGUUUGUCUUCAUUGGUUGUGUCCCUGAAUACCUGUUUCUCACCUCUCAGCCUGUUCCUGUCCACCUUAUCAAUUCCUCUUAGUAUUUUGUAUGUUGUUUCCCAUGGUUCUUCUGUCCGUCAUUAGUGUUAGCUUCUUGUUCUAGAACUAGAGUAUGAGGUGCAAGUCUUCUGUACUUUCUCCAGUUUCUUAACAUGCUUUUUCAAGUGUGGGUUCCAUACUCCAAGAUAGGCCUGCUGUAUGUUGUAUAAAGUGCCCAUAGUGACUUAAGAUUUCUGAAGGCUACUCUUUGAAGAGGUCAUUCAGUCAAUGUGGACCUCUGGCUUACCCCUAAGUCUCUCUCUGAGCAAAGUCUGCAGCGUCUGUCCCUGCAUUUAGUACUUCAUGUCCCUAGUCUUCAUUAUCUUGUACUUGCUGGGGCUGGAUUUAAGUAACCACUUGCAAUCAGACUGAUCCUUGCAGAAACCUGCUACUAUUUCUCCAUUCUGACAACUCUUUGGCAGACCUGUUAUUCC